AUGUCUGGAGGUGCAUCACUACAGAAAGACAGAAAUUUCAUUGCGGUUAUUGGUGACGAGGAUUCCGUCACUGGGCUUUUAUUGGCAGGUAUUGGCCAUGUUAAUCAACAACAAAAGAGGAACUUUUUAGUGGUUGAUGCUAAAACACCCUUAACAACAAUCGAGGAAACAUUUACAGAAUAUACCAAACGUAAAGAUAUCGCUAUCAUUUUAAUCAAUCAACAUAUCGCUGAAGAUAUUCGUGAGUUAGUGGACGGUCAUAAUGCUGCUUUCCCUGCUGUACUCGAGAUACCCUCCAAAGAUCAUCCUUACGAUCCUGAGAAAGAUAGUGUCCUUAAACGUGUCAGAAGAUUGUUUGGCGAGUAA